GCAAGUCGAGGAAGCGGAAGCGGCCCGGCGGAGCGUGGACGCGCGCCGGCCUCGGCCCCACGCCUCCCUGGACCGCACGUGUGUGAACUGCUAUGAUGGAAGUUAAAGGGAAAAAAAAAAUCACAGGAAAAGGUGCAAAGACGUCACAAGAAAAAAACAGAUUUCAUAAAAGCAAUGAUUCUGGUUCGUCAAAGACGUUUCCAAGGAAAGUUGGCAAGGAAGGUGGACCUAAAAUCACAUCUAAGAACUUUGAGAAAUGUGCCACAAAACCUGGGAAAAAAGGUGUAAAGCAGUUCAAAAAUAAGCAGCAAGGGGAUAAAAUACCAAAGAACAAAUUCCAGCAGGCAAAUAAAUUCAACAGGAAGAGAAAAUUCCAGGCGGAUGGUAAAAGUGAUGAAUCAGCAGCCAAGAAACCUAAAUGGGAUGACUUCAAAAAGAAGAAAAAAGAACUAAAGCAAAGCAGGCAACUAAGUGACAAAACCAACUACGACAUUGUUGUUCGGGCGAAGCAGAUUUGGGAGAUCUUACGAAGAAAAGACUGUGACAAAGAAAAGAGAGUGAAAUUGAUGAGUGAUUUGCAGAAGUUGAUUCAAGGAAAAAUUAAAACUAUCGCAUUUGCCCAUGAUUCCACUCGUGUGAUCCAGUGUUACAUUCAGUAUGGUAACGAAGAGCAGCGAAAACAGGCUUUUGAAGAACUGCGAGAUGAUUUGGUCCAAUUAAGUAAAGCUAAAUAUUCCAGAAAUAUUGUGAAGAAAUUCCUCAUGUAUGGGAGUAAGCCACAGAUUGCAGAGAUAAUAGGAAGUUUUAAAGGCCACGUGAAGAAGAUGCUACGGCACGCAGAAGCGUCGGCCAUCGUGGAGUACGCGUACAAUGACAAAGCCAUCCUGGAGCAGAGGAACAUGCUGACGGAGGAGCUCUACGGGAACACAUUUCAGCUUUACAAGUCAGCAGAUCACCCAACCCUGGACAAAGUAUUAGAGGCAUAUCCAGAAAAGCUAGAGCUUAUCAUGGAUGAGAUGAAGCAGAUUCUGACUCCAAUGGCCCAAAAGGAGGCUGUGAUUAAGCACUCAUUGGUACACAAAGUAUUCUUGGACUUUUUCACCUCUGCACCCCCAAAGCUAAGAUCAGAGACGAUCGAAGCCAUCCGCGAAGCCGUGAUCUACCUGGCGCACACGCAUGACGGCGCUAGAGUGGCCAUGCACUGCCUGUGGCACGGCACCCCCAAGGACAGGAAAGUGAUUGUGAAAACAAUGAAGACUUACAUUGAAAAGGUGGCGAAUGGCCAGUACUCCCAUUUGGUCUUACUGGCGGCAUUUGAUUGUAUCGAUGAUACUAAGCUUGUGAAGCAGAUAAUCAUAUCAGAAAUUAUUAGUUCUUUGCCUAACAUAGUAAAUGACAAAUAUGGAAGGAAGGUCCUGUUGUAUUUACUGAGCCCCCGAGAUCCUGCACAUACGGUGCGAGAAAUCAUCGAGGUUCUACAGAAAGGAGACGGCAAUGCACACAGUAAGAAGGAUACAGUGGUCCGCCGACGAGAGCUCUUAGAGGCCAUCUCUCCUGCUUUGUUAAGCUACCUGCAAGGACACGCCCAGGAACUGGUGCUGGAUAAGUCUGCGUGUGUGUUGGUGUCCGACAUUCUGGGAGCCGCCAUCGGAGACGUUCAGCCUGCCAUGAAUGCCAUUGCUGGCUUGGCAGCGGCAGCGCUCCAGCCAGGUGGCAGGGAUGGAGAGCUUCACGUUGCAGAGCAUCCCGCAGGACAUCUAGUUCUGAAGUGGUUAAUAGAACAAGAUGAGAAGAUGAAGGAAAGUGGAAGAGAAGGUUGUUUUGCAAAAACACUUGUUGAGCACGUUGGUAUGAAGAACCUGAAGUCCUGGGCUAAUGUAAACCGUGGUGCCAUUAUUCUUUCUAGCCUCCUCCAGAGUUCCGAUCAAGAAGUUGCACACAAAGUCAAGGCUGGACUGAAAGGCCUCAUUCCAGCACUGGAAAAAAACAAAAACACCAGCAAAGGAAUAGAAAUGCUACUUGAAAAACUGGCCGCAUAGUGGACCCAGUUAAGAACAAGAGAGAAUCAUUUUUCCUGUCCUCUUUCCCAGUGUGGAGAGGUCGGGCUCAGGUCCACCUCCCUGGGAAUCUGGGUGCUCUGUAUAGGUUUCUUUUUUGUAUAAGAGGUCUAUUUAUAAAACAAUUUCUAAAAA